CAGCACCAUACUAAGCAAAACAACUCCGCGACGAUUCAUCCAAAUAUCACUGGUAAUUUCAUGCUGUUACUACACAGCAUUGACAAAUAAUUAUAACGAGGAUGCGUCUGCCCGAGUCUCCUUUGUUGGCUCCUCUGAUGCGAUGCUAUAAUAGUCCUCAAUGUCAAAUCGUACGUCUACGUCGGCGAAACAUUCUGGGGUCUUGUACUAGAGCAUGUAGCUACCAAGCACGCCCACAAUUACACAUUCGCGAACGAUCAAAGUCUCUGUUGAAAUACUAUAGUAGCCAUGUUCCCUCCGAUACUCCAACCAGGAAGUCUGCGAAAGUUAUAUCAAAAAAUAGUAGCUCAGAAGAAUGGAAGGAACCCAGUGUCGCAGUUCUUGGCGGUGGAAUUACGGGUCUAGCAACAGCAUACUAUCUCACCCAGAUGGCACCGCAUCUGAAAGUCACACUGUAUGAGAGUAGUCAGAGGCUGGGAGGGUGGCUACGGACAAAAUAUAUUGACGUGGGAGAUGGUGAAGUUGUGUUUGAACAAGGGCCGAGGACUUUAAGACCGAACACGCCUGCGGGAUUUGUUGCUCUAAACUUGAUCAGAGACCUUGGGCUGUCUGACCAGGUGAUUAAAACCAACAAAAUGUCUGCCGCUGCCUUGAAUCGCUUUAUCUAUUAUCCCGAUCGGCUUGUUUGCAUGCCCGAGCCCAGCCAAGGGGUUUACGCCAUUACCUGGAAACUGUUGACAGAACCAGUUUUCAAAGGAAUGUACAGGUUGCUUUUCGAAUAUAAGAGGCCACGAAGACCAACAGAAUUGGAUGAUGAAUCUGUAGGAUCAUUUCUGGCCAGGCGAACAGGAGGAACAGACAUUCCAGACAAUCUAGUGUCAGCCGUAUUUCAUGGUAUCUAUGCUGGUGAUAUCUACAAACUGAGUGCAAAAAGUAUAAUGCCCACCCAGUGGGGAAUGGAGGGGGCAUUUGGAAGUAUCAGUGCAGGAAUAUCUCGAAUAGCAAAAGUCAAGAAUGCGACAGCUGAAGAUGCAGAUUUGGAGGAAAAGGAGAAGAGUUCAUUUACGGACAACGAGAGGGCAAUUGUCAAAGAAACAAGUGUCUAUACUUUUCGCAGAGGGAUUGGUACACUAUCUGAAGCACUGGACUCCUCUCUAAGGAAUAAUCCUAAUGUAAAAAUCAAGCUGGGCGAGGACGUAAAGAAAAUCGAGUACGAUGGUCAAAGUGAAGGCAUCAAGAUCUACACAACUCAGGCUGGCGAAUCAUCCACCAACCAUUCUUACGUUAUUUCUACCUUGUCAGGCCGCACUCUCUCUACACUAACUACCUCUUCAGAUGAUUCUUUACUCCCUUCACUUGCGAAAACAGAGGCUGUGACGGUCAUGGUUGUUAAUCUCUUCUACCGGGAAGAAGAUCUCAUUCCGGAGCGCGGCUUUGGAUACCUAAUCCCACGAUCCAUUCCUUUUGACCAGAAUCCAGAAUUUGCUCUUGGUGUAAUUUUUGAUUCAGACGCAACAGUUGGUCAAGAUACUGUUCCAGGGACCAAAUUCACCGUUAUGCUAGGUGGCCAUUGGUGGAACGACUUCGAAACAUAUCCUAGUGAGGAAGAGGGUGCUGCUAUGGCAAAAGCCGUUCUCAAACGACAUCUGAAGAUCGAUCAAGAACCAGAAAUGGUACAUGCAUCUUUGCAGAAAGAUUGUAUUCCUCAAUAUACUGUGGGCCAUGAGCAGAGACUGAAACAAGCGCAUUAUGAGUUGUUAAGCGCAUACAAGGGAAAACUGGCAGUGGCUGGAAAUUCAUACACUGGCGUGGGCGUAAAUGAUUGCAUCAAGGCUGCCAAAGUCGUGGCAGGCGAUGUUGCACGUGGUAAUGAUGUAACGGGACUGGAAAAAUUCACUGAACAAAAAUGGUGGGAGAAAAUGAUCAAACGAGAACAAUAAACCCCAAUAAAUCUUUGAAACAAAAUUAUGGAAAAAGAUGAACAUACAAUAAAUAGCAAAAACGUGAACAUUUAUUUUGUGUCAACGAUUGUUAAUUUCAAUCCAAAACUACUGCAUUGAAUAUUCGAGUCACCACGUCCAUGUUCCCUAAUAAGUACCGAUCCCACUUAUGCUUUUGAUCGUUAUGAGAGAUAGCACCUGCUGUUUUUGUUUGGAAUGAUUUUAGUGUCACUGGGACUUGAUGCAAGAAAAUGGUUACCUUGCUGAAGCCUGAACCAUCGAUCAUUCGACGGCCACUUUCAUCAUAACAUAGUGAAUGAGAAGCACCAUCUUUUUUUGGAGUCGUGAGCAUUCAAAAUAUGGAUAUUAUUCGCGAUAUUCAAUAUGUUGUCACAGCUAACCAUUGGGCCGGAUUCAACGGAAAGUU